AUGUAUCGUUACUUCAUCGCUGUUCUACUCGGUGUUGCAGCCAUGGCCUGCGAUACCUCCACUAGUACACCCCCUGAAACCGACAUCGGCUCCCUAGAUGGCCUUCCUACAGACAGCUUCCUCCUCGACCCUAUCGGCUCGAUCUCCUCCUCAAACCUCGAUGUGAACAAAUACCCGUUCAACGAACCCGACAAGCUUUCUGUUCCGACGAUGUGCGAGUUCCAGUCUGCCAAUAUUGCAGCUGAGCUGGCAAUCUUCAAGGCCAUUGGGACGUUGGACAUGGAGAAAGAUAAGGAGCUAUGGGAUGCUAGUAUAAAUUGCGCGGGCGUUUUGACGGAUCUGCGUGCUAGGGAUAUUUAUUUGCGGGAGAUUUUGCCCAAGAUUGAAAGCGAGGGUAUUGAUGCAUGGGAGAAGACUUGUGAUGAGUGGAUUAUGAAAGCUGUGAUAGGAGCUCAGUGA